AAUAGUAAUGAAUGACAGCAUUUUCACUUUUUAAAUGAUUCAUUUAUUUCUAGUCUAAUCCAUGCUGUUGUAAAUAAAUAAUGCAGAGGGAAAGGUCAGUUUAAAUAAAGGGGAAAUUAAAAAUUGUUGCUUGGGACCCUUUCUGUAUGACGGUUAAAGUUGCUUCAGUGCAGGGGGUGACAGCUGUUUUGGGCCCUUGAGUACAUCUGCAAUUGGGAGAAACCCACACAGACCCCCCCCCCAAAACAAGCACACAUUGCAACCUACGGUAUUCUAUUGGCUAGGGUAUAAUGCUUCUUUCGAGCCUGAUUACAAUGAGAGAAAGGGACCAUGUAAGUGACUGGGAAGAUCUAAGUGGGCGCAUGUUAACAAUCCUCGCUUUUAAUGGAAGGUCUUGUGUCCAGCUUUAUUUAUCUGUGUGGGAACAGAUAUAUUUUAUGUUGUUUGCACAGAUUCGCUCCUGAAUUAAAAUGACUGUGUCUUGAGUCUGUCUAAAAUGGAUGUUUUUUGUACUGUAUUUUUAAAAAGGUCUAUCUCUUAUGCGUCCAGGAGUUUAAAGUUUCUUGUUUUUCACUAGAAAUCUUUCAACUUUUUGGUAUAAAUAAGGUGGAUAAUUCACACUUCUACUGAGGUGCAUGUUCAAAGUAUUCAAUCCUUUAAGGUCUUGUAGUCUUUACCAGGGCUUUGUAUAGGAGUAGGGCUCUUUCCUCCCCUUAAGUCUGUAGAGGGAGUAAAAUUACAUAUUGCACAAAAUCCUGUGUGCUGCAAGAAUUCCAGCACAGUGUCAUGCUGUCUUUUGCAAACAUGAGAUCCCCCAGGAGGUAGAGACCAGUGUUCCUUCUUUCCUACAAUAACAUGGAGAGGCCUAGUUCUUGUCCCAUUCAACUUCAGUGAGCUUAUUCUAGGAACAAAGGAGUGGCUCUCAUUUUUUGAAGUAGCCUCUGACAGCCCAGACCAGAGAGGUUUUUGCUUAGAAAUAGGAACACUGGGAUGGCACUGAUGGGUCUUGUUCACUAAGGAAGUCAAAUAGUAAGUCAAAUGGUAUAGAUAGCAGAGCUAAAAUAUUCACAUGUGCCUUAUUUAUCAUGCCACCAGCAUUCUAGCACUAAAAUGAAAACGUGUCUUCUUUCACUAGUCAUGCCAGACUCCUGGUUCCUUUCGGUCCCAGAUAGCACAGCCAAUGGAUAGGGAUGAUAGGAAUUGUAGCUAGCAGCUGAAGGACUAAAGGUUUCCCAGCCCCACUCUAGAGGGUGGAAACCCAUCAGAUCAAAUACUAACUCCAGUACAGGAUAUUAAGUCACUAUAUCUUCUAAAAAAAUUGGAAGUAAAAUGAAAACAACUUGGAAUGCAACUCCAUACCCAUUUACUUGCUGAACUGAAUCAAACUUCUGGAUGAACAUGUAGAGGAAUACAGUACACUGCUCAUUUCGUGGAAUCUCUAUGAAGGGCAGAAAGCUUUCUUGUGAUAUAUCUUUUAUCUCCAGAUGGCUAACCUGUGAAAUUCUUUGAUGCUGUUGGAUGCUGUUGGUCCAAUUAUUCCUGACCACUAGUCAUACUGACUGGGACUUGAGGGGCAGGGGCCCACACCAUAUGUAUGCAGCUUCUGCUGUGGGUGAAUGGGAUAAUCCUGUUAAAAAUAGGGAAGCUGGAGCAUAGCAGAAAUGGAUGAACAAGCUCUUCUGGGAUUAAACCCAAAUGCUGAUGUAGACUUCAGGCAACGAGCAUUGGCCUAUUUUGAACAGCUGAAGAUCUCUCCAGAUGCUUGGCAAGUGUGUGCUGAAGCUUUAGCCCAAAGAAUCUACAGCGAUGAUCACAUCAAGUUCUUCUGCUUUCAAGUCCUGGAACAUCAAAUUAAAUACAAGUAUUCCCAGUUGACUGAAGUACAACAUCAGCUAAUUAGGGAAACACUCAUAGCAUGGCUACAGGCCCAGAUGGUGAAUUCUCAAUCGGAGAAAACGUUUAUACGAAACAAAGCCGCACAAGUCUUCGCGUUGCUGUUUGUCACUGAAUAUCUCACGAAAUGGCCCAAGUUUUUUUUCGAUAUCCUGUCUGUGGUGGGUCUCAAUCCUCGAGGUGUGGACUUGUAUCUUAGAAUCCUUAUGGCAGUCGAUGCUGAACUGGUAGACAGGGAUGUUGUUCAUACAUCAGAGGAAGCCCGCCGAAAUACCUUGUUAAAAGAUGCUAUGAGGGAGCAAUGCAUUCCAAGUUUGGUGGAAUCAUGGUACCAAAUUUUGCAAACUUAUCAGUACACAAAUUCAGAGUUGACAUGUCAGUGUCUUGAAGUAGUUGGAGCAUACGUCUCUUGGAUAGAAUUGAGCCUAAUCGCCAAUGAAAGAUUUAUAAACAUGCUGCUAGGUCACAUGUCUGUAGAAGUUCUGCGGGAAGAAGCGUGUGACUGCUUGUUUGAAAUUGUAAAUAAAGGAAUGGACCCAAAUGAUAAAACGAAACUGGUGGAGACGUUGUGUCAAGUGUUGCAGUCGGCUGGUCUCUUCAGUGUUGACCAGGAAGAAGAUGUGGACUUUCUGGCCAGGUUCUCCAAACUGGUGAAUGGGAUGGGACAAGCACUGAUAGCUAGUUGGACUAAACUUGUGAAAAUUGGAGAUAUGAAGAAUGCCCAGGAUACUCUGCAAGCUAUUGAAGCAAAAGUGGCCCUAAUGUUGCAGCUUCUGGUUCAUGAGGAUGAUGAUAUUUCUUCUAAUAUUAUUGGUUUUUGUUACGACUAUCUGCAUAUACUGAAGCAGCUUCCUAUGCUUUCAGAACAGCAAAAAGCUAAUGUAGAGGCAAUUAUGUUGGCUGUUAUGAAGAAACUAACCUAUGAUGAAGAAUACAACUUUGAAAAUGAGGGUGAAGAUGAAGCGAUGUUUGUAGAAUAUCGGAAGCAACUUAAACUGUUGUUGGACAGACUUGCACAGGUUUCGCCUGAAUUACUCUUGGUUUCCGUACGGAGGGUUUUUAACACUACAUUGCAGAACUGGCAAACUAAACCGUUUAUGGAAGUGGAAGUAGCAAUCAGGCUGCUGUAUAUGCUGGCUGAAGCUCUUCCAGUAUCUCACGGGGCUCACUUUUCGGGUGAUACAAAAGCCGGCGCUCUGCAGGACAUGAUGCGGACUCUGGUUACAUCGGGUAUUAGCACCUAUCAGCAUACAUCAGUAACCCUGGAAUUCUUUGAGACUGUGGUCAGAUAUGAAAAGUUUUUCUCCAUUGAACCUCAGCACAUUCCAAAUGUUUUAAUGGCCUUCUUGGAUCACAGAGGUCUUCGCCAUAGUAAUCCAAAAGUGAGAAGCAGAGCAGCUUAUCUUUUUUCCAGAUUUGUCAAAUCCCUCAACAAACAAAUGAACCCUUUUAUUGAAGAUGUGCUGAAUAGAAUACAAGAUCUGCUGGAACUUUCUCCACCUGAAAAUGGCUACCAGGCUUUUUUAAGCAGUGAUGACCAACUGUUCAUUUAUGAGACUGCUGGAGUACUAAUAGUGAACAGUGACUACUCUGCAGAACGGAAGCAGGCUUUAAUGAGAAAUCUUUUGACUCCUCUAAUGGAGAAGUUUAAAGUGCUGUUAGAAAAACUUAUCAUGGCACAAGAUGAGGAUAGACAAAUGGCAUUAGCUGAUUGUCUGAAUCAUGCUGUUGGCUUUGCAAGCCGUACUAGCAAAGCUUUCAGCAACAAGCAGACAGUAAAGCAAUGUGGCUGCUCUGAAGUGUAUCUGGACUGCCUGCAAACCUUUUUACCGGCUCUCAGCUGCCCCUUGCAGAAGGAAGUUCUCCGAAGCGGUGUCCGCACCUUCCUUCACCGAAUGAUUAUUUGCUUAGAGGAGGAAGUUCUUCCGUUUAUCCCUUCAGCCUCUGAACAUAUGCUCAAGGAUUGUGAAGCAAAAGACCUUCAAGAGUUCAUCCCUCUCAUAAACCAGAUCACAGCUAAGUUCAAGAACCAGGUCUCCCCAUUUCUCCAACAGAUGUUUAUGCCUCUGCUGCGUGCUAUUUUUGAAGUCCUGCACCGCCCAGCUGAAGAAAACGACCAAUCUGCUUCAUUAGAAAAGCAGAUGUUACGAAGGAGUUACUUUGCCUUUUUGCAAACCGUCACUGGCAGUGGAAUGAGUGAAGUCAUAGCCAAUCAGGGUGCAGAGAAUGUAGAACAUGUGUUGAUCACAAUCAUCCAAGGAGCAGUUGAUUACCCAGAUCCUAUUUCUCAGAAGACAUGCUUUAUUAUACUUUCAAAAUUAGUGGAACUCUGGGGAGGCAAAGACGGACCUGUGGGUUUUGCUGACUUUGUCUACAAGCACAUUGUUCCUGCAUGUUUCUUAGCACCUUUAAAGCAAACCUUUGACUUAACAGAUGCACAGACAGUAUUGGCUUUAUCCGAGUGUGCAGUGACACUAAAAACAAUUCAUCUCAAAAGGGGCCUUGAAUGUAUUCAGUAUCUUCAACAAGAAUAUCUACCUUCGCUACAGGUAGCUCCCGAAAUAAUACAGGAAUUUUGUCAAGCACUUCAACAGCCUGAUGCUAAAGUUUUUAAAAAUUACUUAAAGGUAUUCUUUCAAAGAGCAAAGCCCUAAGAGAUCUACUGAAACCUUUGACUGUUUCCCCGAAUCAGGAUUUCCAUAUAUUAAUUUGUAUGAAUGCAAACUCCUGUGCCAUUCAGGCUUACUUUUUCUUUUGGAAGACAUUGCUCUGUGCUUCAAUCAGUAUGUGUAUUAGCCUUUUUGUGUAAAAGUGCAAAUGAAAUGCCCUACAUUGUGUUGGUUGAUGCACAUGUGGCAUGUGGGCAAAACGUCUUGCCUGCCUGCCUACUCAGAAACACUCUAUGUAGGAUAAUUGUGUGCUGUAAUUAGUACAGCAAAAAGAAAAGAAAAGAAAAUAUCCUUUUUUAUUUUGAAUUUUUUUUAAAAAAAUGUAUAAAUUCCUUCCAAGCCUAUAGGAAUGGUUAUAAAUUGUGUACAUUUUUAAAUACUGAGUAAGAUAUUUGCAUAUUAGAAAUGAAACUCAUUUGUUCAUGCACGGUGAUAUUAAAUAAAGCAAUCAAACUUGGUUUUGUAGAUAGAUGUUUCAUUGGAGCGGUCCUGAUGCUGAAGUGUAUGCUACAAAACAAUUAUUAAUGGAUCAGAUUUACAACAAGAUCUGGUUCUACAUUUUUAUACAGAAAAAUAAAUUUUAUUCAAUGAAA